AUGACUAAAACGACUCCUUGUUGUCCUUUAAAUAAAUCUGUAUUCGUAGGAGGUCAACUAAAUGGAAAAGGCAGUCAAGAGAUCAAGGAUUUUAUUUCUACAAAAUUUUCAGUAGGGGUAUCCCAUGUUCUUAAAACAUUAGAUAAAUCGUACGGACAUGUUCACUUUGAAACCGAAAAUGAAGCUGGGACUUUAUAUCAACGCGUGCAAGGACAAGAAUUUACUUUUCCCGAUGGGACAAAGACUAGUUUUUUACCUUCAAAAAUGGCUGGGAGUAGCGAAUUUACUGUGUAUAAAAUUGAGAACGAAUCAUCACAUGGAAAUGGCUCUCGUACCAUCCUCGUUACGCUUAAUGUUGGUGGCGUACUCUACACCACCACCAAAGGAACACUUUUAAAAAAAACGAAUUUUUUUGAGAUGCCUCUUAAUGGAAAUGUUUUUGACACAUUGGAUUAUGAUGGAAACAUUUUCAUCGACCGAAAUGGUGAAUUAUUGAAGUAUGUUCUCGAAUUUUUGAGAACAAGUGUUUUACCGAAAAGAACUCUUCACAACAAAUCAUUGCUUGAAGAACUAUUGCUAGAAGCUGAGUUCUAUCACAUCGAAGAACUGCAUUUGGCUCAGUUAUGUGAUAAAGCACUUAUCGCAGAAGAUGAAAUCCAAAGGAUUAUGGAUCAUUUCUCAAAUAAGCCCAGUAUAGAUUUUAGCGAUGAUCAAGACAAUUCUAUUAAUGAUGAUUCUUCCAGUGUCGGAGGCACAAGAGCUGUGGUAACACCUAUUCCUCAACCCAAUAAUCCAAUCCACGACCAGGCAUAUUUCCGCAAUAAAGUCUUAAAGCUUUACUCCGGAAUAUCUUUUAGCUGUAGCAAUGACAGAUCUGAAGAUGUAUAUCAUUGCAAGACAAAAUCUUCAUUAUGUCCAUCAUGCGAGACGAAUCAUAUAGAAAAUAUAGUAGGUCGAUAUAUGGAGGGAUCUUAUCAUAUAGGUU